GAAUGCUAGAAGGAAUAGCAACUGGUUACACAAUGCUACCUCAAGACUGGAAAGACCUGAUGCGCAUGCUUUUAUCCCCAGCUCAGUAUGUGGUGUUUGAGAGUGAAUUUAAACAUAGCGCAUCAGCCCUGUCUGAUCCGCAGCAUACAGCCAGUCAACUUUAUGGCGCGGGUCAGUAUGAUAAUAUACCAGCCCAGGCGACGCUGACACCUGUACAUUUUAGUCGCACCGCGACCUGUGUACAACGCGCCUUUCGGAAAGUCCCUGUUUCAGGGCAACCGCUGAGCUCCUUUGUUAAUAUUAAGCAACAGCAUUCGGAGCCAUACCAUCAGUUUAUAGAUAGAUUGAAAGAAUCAGUCACUAGGCAGAUUGAUAACACUACAGCUCAAAAUGAAUUAAUGAAAAAAUUGGCCUUUGAAAACGCAAACACCGAUUGCAAGAAAGCAUUGCAGUCAAUCAUACAUCGCCCUAAAUAUGACCUGGCCGAUAUGAUUCAAGCUUGUGCGGAUGUCAGUAGCCAGAGCCAUGCGAUGUCUUUGCUUGCCGGCGCAAUCCAAGCUACCAAUAGACCUACAGGUAAUUGCUUUAAUUGUAAACGCCCAGGCCAUUUUGCCAAGCAAUGCAGAGCCCCUGGCGGGGGGGCCAACAAGGAUGGUGCUGCCAACAAGACUAGACCUUCUAAAAAAUGCCCGAAAUGUGGAAAAGGCUAUCAUUGGGCUAAUCAAUGCAGGAGUCCGGGAAACUCCAUUGCGGCCCCACUCUCGGGCCAGGGCAAUUAGAGAGUUUUCCACCUUUAGUUUCCGCUGCUGAAAACUUUUCCAAAAAUACACCCUCUGAAUUUGCCAUUGAUUUGAUCAAUCAAGAGACCAAAGACUCUGUUUUACCUGGUGAAAUUGUGCUUAUGCCCACCCAAUUGGCAGGCCCACUGCCUCCUAAAGUCGCAGGUUUAAUUUUACCCAAAUUUUCUGCGGCAAAAGAAGGAAUCCAGGUUAUUCCUGGAGUUCUGGAUCCUGACUAUGUGGGCACAAUAAUGGUUCAACUCUGGAGCCAUAUGCCCAUGCAGUUAAAAAAGGGUGAGUCCUGGGCGCAUUUGGUGGUGCUCCCUUCUCAUCCUACUGCUUCUAUUAUGGAUAGUAAUUUGCACGAGCUCUCUUCUUUCCCUCCACAGCUGUUAGCUGUAGUCCAGAGGAUUGGUGAAAAGAAACUUCUUCGUAAGUAUAAAAUCAAUGGUAUUGUGCUGGAAGGCUUGAUUGACACGGGCGCAGACGUUUCUGUAAUUUCUAGUAAUUGCUGGGACCCCACGUGGCCCCUUGAGUCUGCUUCUGCAGUCUGGGGUGUGGGUGGCCCCCAAACCUCUUCCAAAAGCGUACAGUGGCUGCCUGUUUCUCUGCCUGAUAGCUCUGAAACCAUUGCAUACAUCCAGCCCUGUGUGCUGAAAAUCCACCUCAAUCUGUGGGGAAGAGACUUACUACAGCAAUUACAAGCUACCAUUCAAUUUAAUGAGUAA